AUGGGCCUGGCCCGGGCCGAGGAGCCUGAGAGCAGGGCGGGCGGGGCGCGCUUAGGCAGCCUUCGGCGUUUUAAGUCACUGAGCUCCCUCAGCCUGUGUCCUGCCUCCUCACUUGCCGGCUCCUGCCCGCCCAGCAGGGAGCGCUCCCCGCCCCGAAGGAGGCGGCAAAGCCUGGCGUGCGAGGCAGACCGGCUGGGCGUGAUGACUCCGGUGCAGAGCCAGAGGGAGCAGGACUGGGAGUCCGUGCAGCAGGCCCGCGUGGUGGACACUGUGGCCCAGGCGUUCGAGAGUGACGAGGAUGUCAGGGAGCGCUCCCCGCCCCGAAGGAGGCGGCAAAGCCUGGCGUGCGAGGCAGACCGGCUGGGCGUGAUGACUCCGGGUGCAGGGCACGCGGUGGCAACAGGACCAAGACUCUAA